CGGCUGGAGCAAGGGGGCCUACGCUGAGCAUCUCGCGCCUGCGAAACGACCUUCGUCUGGGGCCGGCUCCCCACCGCCUGCAGGCCCACUCUCUGGACAGGAUCCAUCUCCUCAUUCCCUUUUCUUCCAGGCUGCAUGGGUGCAGAGUCCAGGAGAAGGACGCUGAACCCUGGUAGGCAAGACGCUCGCUCCUUCCAUGUUCCACAAAUGGACCUGGGACUAGCAAGCUGAUCCUGAGAAGACCCGGAAGGUUGACAAUCGCGUCUGGCAUCCAAGUCCCCUAUCACCCAUAGGAGAGGCAGGCGACUGGUGGUUCAGAACUGCUGCCCUUGCAGUGAGCAGCCCAAAUCGGCAGCGGCCAGAACUGUAGCCUCCACCAUGGGCCUGGAGCUGUACCUGGACCUGCUGUCCCAGCCCUGCCGCGCUGUCUACAUCUUUGCCAAGAAGAACCGCAUCCCCUUCGAGCUGCACACUGUGGACCUGCUCAAAGGCCAGCAAGUCAGCAAGCAUUUCUCCAAGCUUAACAGCUUGCGGAAGGUGCCUGCCCUCAAGGAUGAUGACUUUGUCUUGACUGAAAGCACGGCCAUCCUGAUCUACCUGAGCCAAAAGUACCAGACAGAGGACCAUUGGUACCCAGCGGAGCUGCAGGCCCGGGCUCGGGUCCACGAGUACCUGGGCUGGCAUGCAGAUUUUAUCCGGGGCACCUUUGGCGUGAUGCUGUGGACGAAGGUGCUGGCACCGCUCAUUGGAACCCAGGUCCCUGAGGAAAAGGUGCGUCGCAACAGAACUGCCCUAGAGGAGGCACUGGACAAGCUGAAUGCCAGGUUCCUGGGGAACAAGCCUUUCCUCACUGGCCAACAGGUGACCCUGGCUGACAUCAUGGCGCUGGAGGAGAUGAUGCAGCCCAUAGCUCUCGGAUUGGACCUGUAUGAGGGGCGGCAGCAGCUGGCAAGCUGGCACAGGCGUGUGGAGGCCUUCCUGGGUGCAGAGCUGUGUGAGGAGGCUCACGGCCCUAUCAUGACCAUCCUGGAGCAGAUGGCCUGUAAGACCAUCCCGAUACCCCCACCUGAGGCGCACCCGCCUAUGCUGAAAAGGCUCGCCAAGAUCCCCUGAGUGGGCUGAAGGCCGACGGGGGCUGUCGGAGAAACUAGCAAUAAACACUGUGUCAAUCA